CUUCCUUUGUCAGCAUGCCAUCGUCGAACGGUCAAAGGCAACCUCUGUCAUAGAUCGGAAGGCUUAUACUCAACGGAGGUCGUGCAUCGAAGGAUGUCGGUCCAAGUCCUCUCACUAUUAUCUUUCUGCGGCAAAGACCUCUCCCAAGAGGGCCAAUACGUCGCUUGCGCGUGUUGACUUAACCCUCAGCUAUUCACAAUAAACACGCUUUCGGACCGACUUUGUGCCCUAUCUGUCCAUUUCCGACCUCGGUUCCUGACAAAAGGCGCCCACCGCAGUCCCUUUCUCUUUUCAUUACCACCACCAUCACCACCCCCACCACGUUAUGCCAUUUUACGCGCAAACAGACCUUGACCUGGAACUCUUCGGUCUCGAAGUGUUUGCCGCCACUCAAUCCUGGGCCCUGGAUAAAUCACAGUCCGCUUUGUGGCGCACACGAUCGUCAGAGAACCAGACACUUACGAGCCUCGAGAUUUGUGAUUCCAUGCCCCUUGAAAUCAUCACCCUCGGACAAACACGCCGUUGCGUCGACAACCAGAUGGAAAUAUUCAACGAAGAAGAAGCAAGAGUUACCACUUCUUAUGGAUGGAGAGUACCAUCCAACUACUCCCUGUAUAGCGGUGGAAGUUCCAGCUCACCGGUAACUGAACCUCGUGCACUGGCGCCCCGCGCUCGACUGUCGCCCAAACAAGCUAGCUUCGUGCUCGGUAGCAGGUCCACCUACCUCACCCAAGAGUACAAGGUUCAGACUUGGCACUGCUGGAUACUAGAGACUAUGUUCAUUCAACGGCAUCGCUACCCUCCUCAUCUCACAUUCGGGAACGUAUCUAUACACCGAAACAUGUUACUUCACGCAUCCAUUUGUACCAGUCAUGAACGUUGGACAAUGCAUACAUCUUGUUCAUUCAAUAACACCCCGGGGUUCAUAUGACCAUCUGACUGAGUCUAUCCUUCUCACCCAUCUGUCUUCGAGAAC